ACAUUUCAGAUAAAAAGGAAACGAAUCGAUUCCUGCCCUUCAUAUUUACAAUGAUAUCCCUUCGUGACAAUCCAAUAUGUAAUUACACAUUAUGGUAAUUAAACAAUAAAACAGCUUUUUAAAUAUAAGAUAACAAUAGAGAAUAUAAGAGUGUGAUGAACGGCGAUGCCACCAGUUGCUAUUUUACAUGUUUUGCCUCCAGUCAAAGUUGAACGAAUAUGUCAAACGAUGGAAUACAAUUGGGUGGCAAUAACAUUGACUAUAACAAGUCUUGUUAUAACUGCCCUUGAUUCUCUAUGCCUUAGCUUUAUUCUAAAGCAGAAGCCGUUAUGGAAGCCAUCAACAUGGGGAAUAGUCAAUCUGCUGUGCUGCCAUUUGCUACAAGGAAUCGUCGUUGUUCCGUCUUAUAUCCUCAAAAGACUAAAGUUCCAGGAUAAAGAUAUUAGUGGUCCAGUUUGUGAUGUAUUCCGGUUCUCGUACAUGACAACGAACUACGCAUCUUGUAUUUCUCUUCUCCUCAUCAGUGCAGAUCGGAUGUAUGCCAUCAGAAAGCCCUUAAGCUACCGCUCCAAUAUGACAAGCCAGAAAAUGGCUGGAUGCAUUUUAGCGAGUUGGGUUUACACAAUGUUGCUUUGCUUGAUACCAUUCACAAAUGCAUCGACAACCACCCCUGGAGGAUGUACAUAUCUUCCGCAAAAACAGUGGACUAUUGCAAUGCUGAUGUGUAACACUCUACUGCCCUUAUUACUGAUAAUGAUUUGCUACUGUGUAAUUUUCCAUUCUGCAAGGAGAUCUAGAAUAGCCCGUUUGUCAAUAUGCAGUAGCAAUGCAAACGUCAUGCAGAGGCGAUCAGAGAUGAGCAUCGCAAAAACAUCCGCUGUAAUUGUAUCAGCCUAUGUUACCUGUUGGGGUCCCUCUUUCGCGUAUUAUUCACUAGCUUCCAUAUGUCCUAACUGCCUCUCAACAACAUAUUUGUAUUCUGACGCCGAAGAAGUUGUUACUUUUUCAAUGAAAUAUCUCACCUUCUUAAGCGGAAUCGUGUCCCCUGUUAUUUACGGUUCGUUCAAUAAAGAGAAAUGGAUGUACAUACUUAAAAGGAGACGGAAUCGGAUAGCACCAACCAAAAAUAUUGGAAUGACGUCAAAAACAGAGAGCGGUGGACAGUUAACUCAAUGA